UAAUAACAGUUCAAUGGUUUCUGCUCUGGGUGGCGUGUAUUCUUCCUGGUUUACACAUUCAGGAUAUGAGCGAAAGCGAGUGGCCUUCACAUUAUCGGCAAUUCAGUUAUCGGGUGAAAAUGAAAAUGAACAUCUCUCGUCAGUAAAGAGACCGAUAAAGCUGUUUGCGUCUCCUCUUGUAGAGACAGGUUUGAACUAUGCCUAAGUUACCGACUGUGACAUAGGCGAAAGCAGGUCUAGCCUAUUUCCUAUGUGUUUGGAAAACGUUUCCGUUCAAAAACGAUGAGCUGAAUUAAUGUAUUUGCAAAAAACUUACGAAUAUUUAGUCAGCAAAUCUGGUGGAAGCUCGUUUAGUUUGUUUGAAACGAAAAUAUUUCACUGGCUAGCUGCCUAACUCGGCAGUCGCUGUUAUGACUCGUGUUUGUAUUUUUUGAGAGCAGCGCCACGUCAGUGAUCUCCGAAGGACAUCCUCUGAAUUCGGCUGGAUUAAAACCCGUAGUACAGUCUGUAUAUCUCAGGUUUGCUGGCCAACCUCGAAAGUACUGCAAAUACGUGAGCGCGGAUUUAAGCGGCAAGAUGACGGCGUCUAACUGGGGUCUGAUAAUGAACGUAGUGAACAGCAUUGUCGGGGUGAGCGUGUUGACGAUGCCUUUCUGCUUCAAGCAGUGUGGCAUCGUGCUGGGCACCCUCCUGCUGUUCUUCUGCUCCUGGAUGACCCAUCAGUCCUGCAUGUUCCUGGUGCACUCGGCCAGCAACAGCAAGCGCAGGACCUAUGCUGGACUCGCCUUCCAUGCAUAUGGUAAAGCAGGAAAAGCUCUUGUGGAAACAAGUAUGAUUGGUCUGAUGCUGGGAACCUGCAUCGCCUUUUAUGUCGUCAUCGCAGACCUGGGCUCCAACUUUUUCGCCCAGCUGCUGGGUCUUGAGGUGACGGGCAGUUUCCGGGUGCUGCUGCUGUUCGCUGUGUCGCUGUUCAUCGUGCUGCCGCUCAGCCUGCAGCGGAACAUGAUGUCGUCCAUCCAGUCCUUCUCCGCCAUGGCUCUCAUCUUCUACACGCUCUUCAUGUUUGUGAUGGUGCUCUCCUCCUUCCGGCACGGGCUGCUGGGGGGGAGCUGGACGGGGCAGGUGGGGCUGCUGCGCUGGGGCGGCCUGUUCCGCUGCCUGCCCAUCUGCGGCAUGGCGUUCGCCUGCCAGUCGCAGGUGUUGCCCACCUACGACAGUCUGGACGAACCGUCGGUGAAGAGGAUGAGCACCAUCUUCAGCUCCUCCCUUAAAGUGGUCACCACCUUCUACAUCACGGUGGGGUUUUUUGGCUAUGUCAGCUUCACGGACACCAUAGCAGGGAACGUGCUGAUGAACUUCCCCUCCAACCUGGUGACGGAGAUGAUCCGCGUGGGCUUCAUGACGUCGGUGGCGGUGGGCUUCCCCUUGAUGAUCCUGCCCUGCCGUCAGGCCAUCAACACCAUGCUGUUCGAACAGCAGCAGAAGGAUGGCACGUUUGCUGCGGGGGGGUACAUGCCUCCGUUGCGGUUUAAGAUGAUCACACUCGGCAUCGUCUUUGGCACCAUGCUGGGAGGAAUCCUCAUCCCUAACGUGGAGACCAUUCUGGGGCUGACUGGCGCCACCAUGGGCAGCCUGAUCUGCUUCAUCUGCCCCGCCCUCAUCUACAGAAAGAUCCAGAAGAACAGAUUCGCUGCUCAGCUGGUGCUGUGGGUGGGCCUGGGUAUCCUGCUCAUCAGCACGUUCACCACUGUAUCUCUGUCCACCGGCAAGACCCCCAAAGUGCGCCCUCCUCCCGCCCCUGCCAAUAACCAGAUCAUCAAGGCCCCCCAGCCCAACGUCCCAGCGGAGAAGCCGGCGCUGGUGCCUGACGCAGCGGAGCAUGGCAAGGCCUGGGAGCCUGCGGAGCCCCCCCAGAUCAAAGGGCCUGUGGACAUCCCUGCAGAGCAGGAGAACGUGCAGCUGGACCGGCCCAAUGCAGGUGUGGCGGUGGCGGACGGAGAGGCACAUCGUCAUGAGCCGCCCAUCCCCCACGACAAGGUGCCGGUGGACGAGAGGAAGGACCAAGACGAGCUGCGGGAGGAAGUGAAGCCGCCUGCACAGGAAGAGGAGGAGCCGGGGGCGGGGCAAGCACAGGAAGCACCAGAGAAGGGUGGGGAAGAUGGGGCGGAGCCACUGGUGAAGAAGGAAGAGGGGCAUGUGGUUGAGAAACCUGCAGCCAAUGAGGUGAUUGAGAAACCGGCCGCAGCCAAUGAGGAGAAGAACGGGGCGGGGGCCGGCCCGCCUCCUUAUAAGGAUGGGGAUAACCCUCCCCCUGAGAAAGAGGUGCAUGCUGGGAAGGCGGAGGAACAUGUCGUGGUGAAGGAGCCUGAUCACAUCCCUGAACAGCCUGCUGGGAAACGGGAGGCUCUGCAGCCAGAGGGACCCCAGGAGCCCAAAGAGCAGAAGAGCCUGGAGGCCAAAGACCCCGGAGCAGAGGACAAGAUGGAGGAGGGGCAGCUGGAUCAUGCAGUCCUGCUCCAGGUGAUUAAGGAGCAGCAGGAACAGCAGAAGAGGCUCCUGGAUCAGCAGGAGAAGCUGCUCGCCGUCAUCCAGGAGCAGCACAAGGAGAUCCAUCAGGACCAGCACCCUGCAGAUGUGGCCCCGGAGGCCGUAGGGCCGGUAGAGAAGGGGCCCCCGGAGCCCUUGGGCGGGGCAGUGGGGGGCCAGGGCCAGGAGGGGGCGCCCCAAAACCCUGCUGUCGCUGAACCCCAGAAACCUGCAAAGCAGAUCGAUGCCCAUCCUGGAGGGAGGGGCCCAGGGGAGGGGCCGCAGAAGGGGGUGGAGCCUGUCGCCGUCUCCAAAGAUUCCGGUCAGCGUACCAAGGACGGCAAGGAAGGAGUGGCCGUGCUGAAGCAGGAUGUGGCCGUGCUGAAGCAGGAUGUGGGCGUGAUGAAGCAGGAUGUGGGCAUGGUGAAGCAGGAUGUGGGUGUGGCCAAUCAGGAUGUGGGCGUGGUGAAGCAGGAUGUGGGCGUGCCCAAGCAGGAUGUGGGCGUGGUGAAGCAGGCCGUGGGUGUGGCGAAGCUGGAUGUCAAUGCGGGGGGGGUGGAUGCCAGGGCCAAGAAGCCAAUAGGAUCUGAGCAGGGCAAGGCCAGCCCCGCCCACCCAAAACCCAGAGAGGAGGCAGGGCCAGAACAGGACAUGGAGAAAGAGAGGAUGGAAAAGGAGAAGGAGAGGAUAGAGGGAGAGAGGAGGGAGAAGGAGAGGGUGGAUAAAGAGAGAGUAGAGAAGGAGAGGGUGGAAAGAGAGGAGAGAGAGAAGGAGGAGAGGGAGAAGGCAGAGAGAGAGAAGGCUGAGAGGGAGAAGGAGGAGAGGGAGAAGGAGAAGGAGGAGGUUAAGGAGCAGGUGGUGCAUCCUGCCGUCGAGGCCCAGGAGGUGAAGGAGAGGGUCGGGGCAGGGCUGGAACCCGUGAAGAAAGGGGGGCGGGACCUGAAGGAGAAUAAUGGGCCCGCCCCACAGCAGGACAUGGGCUUGGCGGGGGGUGGGGCUCCGGAUGACGGGCGGCCGGGCGAGAUGGACCUGAAGCGCAGGAGGCGGUCGGUAGUGGGCGGGGCCGAGGAGGCGGGGCUUAUAGGACUGGAGUCACUCCCACACCUGCAGGCUCCUCUGGGGGCUGAGCUCCUGCAGGGGGUGCUGGUGCGCAGCCGGCAGAUCAAACAGGCUCCACAGCCCGAAGAGGAGGAGGAAGAGGAGGAGCCGGGGGCAGGCCAAGCACAGGAAGCCCUGAAUAAGGGUGGGGAAGAGGGGGCGGAGCCACUGGGGAAGAAGGAGGCGGGGCACGUGGCAGAGAAAUCUGCAGCCAAUGAGGUGAUUGACAAACCGGCUGCAGCCAAUGAGGAAAAGAACGGAGCGGGGGCCGGCCCGCCUCCUUAUAAGGAUGGGGAUAACCCUCCCCCUGAGAAGGAGGUGCAUGCUGGGAAGGCGGUGGAACAUGUCGUGGUGAAGGAGCCUGAUCACAUCCCUGAACAGCCUGCUGGGAAACGGGAGGCUCUGCAGCCAGAGGGACCCCAGGAGCCCAAAGAGCAGAAGAGCCUGGAGGCCAAAGACCCCGGAGCAGAGGACAAGAUGGAGGUGAUUAAAAAGCUGGUGGCAGAGGGGCAGCUGGAUCAUGCAGUCCUGCUCCAGGUGAUUAAGGAGCAGCAGGAGCAGCAGAAGAGGCUCCUGGAUCAGCAGGAGAAGCUGCUCGCCGUCAUCCAGGAGCAGCACAAGGAGAUCCAUCAGGACCAGCACCCUGCAGAUGUGGCCCCGGAGGCAGUGGGGCCGGUAGAGAAGGGGCCCCCGGAGCCCUUGGGCGGGGCAGUUGGGGGCCAGGGCCAGGAGGGGGCGCCCCAAAACCCUGCUGUCGCUGAACCCCAGAAACCUGCGAAGGAGAUCGAUGCCCAUCCUGGAGGGAGGGGCCCAGGGGAGGGGCCGCAGAAGGGGGUGGAGCCUGUCGCCGUCUCCAAAGAUUUCGGUCAGCGUACCAAGGACGGCAAGGAAGGAGUGGCCGUGCUGAAGCAGGAUGUGGGCGUGGUGAAGCAGGAUGUGAGCAUGGUGAAGCAGGAUGUGGGUGUGGCCAAUCAGGAUGUGGCAGAGAAAUCUGCAGCCAAUGAGGUGAUUGACAAACCGGCUGCAGCCAAUGAGGAAAAGAACGGAGUGGGGGCCGGCCCGCCUCCUUAUAAGGAUGGGGAUAACCCUCCCCCUGAGAAGGAGGUGCAUGCUGGGAAGGCGGUGGAACAUGUCGUGGUGAAGGAGCCUGAUCACAUCCCUGAACAGCCUGCUGGGAAAUGGGACCCAGGAUCAGAAGAGCAGAAGAGCCUGGAGGCCAAAGACCCUGGAGCAGACAAGAUGGAGGACUCAGAGGGGCAGCUGGAUCAUGCAGUCCUGCUCCAGGUGAUUAAGGGGCAGCAGGAGCAGCAGAAGAGGCUCCUGGAUCAGCAGGAGAAGCUGCUUGCCGUCAUCCAGGAGCAGCACAAUGAGAUCCAUCAGGACCAGCACCCUGCAGAUGUGGCCCCGGAGGCAGUGGGGCCAGUAGAGAAGGGGCCCCUGGAGCCCUUGGGCGGGGCAGUGGGGGGCCAGGGCCAGGAGGAGGCGCCCCAAAACCCUGCUGUCGCUGAACCCCAGAGACCUGCGAAGGAGAUCAAUGCCCAUCCUGGAGGGAGGGGCCCAGGGGAGGGGCCGCAGAAGGGGGCUCAGCUCCUGGAGGGGGCGCUCGUGCGCAGCCGGCAGAUCAAGCAGGCUCCUGAGAGUGAGAGAUAACCCCCCCCAGGACAGAUAACCCCCCCCAGGACCUGCACACAGACACACCACCAUGUUACCCUGACUCUCUCUGAUGUCAUUUACAUUUCAUCCAAUCGCAGCGUCUCAGCGCCCCAUGUACUCAGUGGGGCGGGAAUUAAGCCAGUGAGGCAAAAGCGGACCAAUCGGAGGACAUCCCCCUUCACCCCUGACCCUGAACCCCCAAAUACCCACAAUCCCGUGCAUUCAAGCUGGUUCUGUGCACCCCCAUAUUCCUGUGCUGCCCCAUGACACCCUGUCUUGUCACCCUGCUCUGCAACUGGGUCCUCUCUCUCUCUCUCUCUCUCUCUCUCUCUCUCCCUCCCUCCCUCUCUCACUCUCUCCCUCCCUCUCCCUCUCUCCCUCCCUCUCUCACUCUCUCCCUCCCUCCCUCCCUCCCUCUCCCUCUCCCUCCCUCCCCCUCUCCCUCCCUCCCUCCCUCUCCCUCCCUCCCUCCCUCUCCCUCACUCUCUCUCCCUGCUGUAAAGCACACAAUGAACUGUCGAAGCAGCCGCACACAAGCGUGUAUAACAGUACCUCACCCACCCAUGUCCUGUAGCUGGGCCUGGUAGUCAAACCCUCAGGUCUCCAAUUGCUCUUGGACAGGCCUUUCUGAAGUGCCCUUUGACCCGACUGUGUCUUUGGACCUGACGGGGCCUGUGUUCGCCAUUCCUGCUGCGGGAAGGCGUAUCUCUCCCUGUUGGGUCCGCUCGGAUGGGACACAGUGGGAAUGUUGUCAUUCUGGGAAUGUGCUCCUGUCCCUGAUCUCCGGAACGUCACCGUGUCUCCCUACACGGCCCUGAUUGGCUGGUGUGGACAUAGCGUUUCCCAAUGUAAUGUUAAUAAUGCAUUCUUUUCCUCAGUGUGUUUCAAAACAUUCCUGAAUAUAUAUAGAAAUAUACUGUGUUUGUGUUUGUGUGUGUGUGUGUGUGCAUAGUUUAUGCAUUUGGGGGUAGUCUGUGCUUCCGGGUGCAUCUUUGAAGAAGUUUUGCUUCAGCUUCUGUUCCUAGGAAAGAAGGCCACAGGUCGAGCCCCUGGAACCGUGGACACGUUCUUUAGGAACAGGGUUCUGUCCCGUAGCAUUCCCACAUUGUGCCGAUCUCUUCCCAAAGUCUGUGUUCCUCAGUGCCUUUAGCGUGUUUCCUGCGCUCGUUCCAAACACCGCUGCCGCGUGACUCAUCCUGGAACUGCAGCGAAGCACGCUUAUACAGUAGAACAUUUUUUUAUUUGAGUUAUGAUUUUAUGGGACCUAAGUGACCAUUAUUUUCUCCUGAAUUUGUAAUUCCUGAAACCAUAGAGUACCAUUUUUUACCUUAUUUCUUUGGCAAUACGCAAAAACUUGCCGACAUGUUAGGAGAGAGAGAAAACAUCAGCGGAGUGUGUGUCAGUCUCAAGUGUGUCAGAAUGAGCAGCUGCAGCGUGUGUGUGUGUGUGUGUGUGUGUAUAAAGGGUCCUGUGGUACCUCAUGCAGUGUGUGUGUGUGAGAGUGAGUGUGAAUGAGUGUGUAACGGGUCCUGUGGUACCUCAUGCAGAGUGCGAGUGCGAGUGCGUGAGCGUGAGCGAGAGCGAGAGCGAGAGCGAGAGCGAGAGCGAGAGCGAGAGCGAGAGCGAGAGCGAGAGCGAGAGCGAGAGCGAGAGCGAGAGCGAGAGCGUGAGCGUGAGCGUGAGCGUGAGCGUGAGCGUGAGCGUGAGCGUGAGCGUGAGCGUGAGCGUGAGCGUGAGCGUGAGCGAGCUCAUUGUACACACUGUAGAAUCAGCCGUCCCUGCCGUCUUCAGCCUCCCUCUGACGUCCCUCUGUGUGAUGAAUGUUUCUUUCUUUCCGAGAACAUGGUAACGUGUCAAUUACAAUGUUAAUUAAACCGAAUUGGGAAAA